CUUUUUUUUUCUUCAAAAAAAAAACCCAUGGAGCAUCUUUCGAUUGAACUUGUAGAAUUAAUAGCAAAGCAAUGUCGAGCAUCCAACAAAGACCUGGCCUCCCUUUGCUUAGUGAACCGUCAUUUUUACUCUGCGGUGAUCCGAUUGUUGUAUAAAAAUGUAAUCAUCCACGGGCCAAGACAAUACCUGGCGUUCAAGUCGACAUGUACUCGGUUAAAACAGAUGGUCUAUCGACUCGAUUUCUCUGGAUAUACUACACGAGGCGCUCGGUGGACAGAGUCCAAGGCGAAAUCAGUUGUGACAGCUGAAGAUUUAGCUGUCAUAUUAAAUGAAUGUCGGCAGUUGAAGGAGUUGUUUGUUGGAGAAGAACUCAUGCAUGUUUUUGUGUCACCUUUGGCUAUCCAGUCUGUAUUUUUUGAACAACAGCUGCGCACGCUUGAUUUCACUGGAUUCUCUGACCAAACGUUUACCAAGGCGAUGGCAGAUUACUUUAUGGAAAAGAAACAAGUCACGUAUAAUCAUCAUUAUGACGAUGCUUCGUCCCACUGGGUUAUUCCUAAAGAGCUAGAGAAUAUAUCAUUUUAUAUGUGUAUGGCACUUUCACAAGAUCGGUUCUUUGUGCCCUUUUUUGACAAACUAAAGAGUGGUGGUCAUCAGCUAAAGAAGCUUGAUUUAGCCUAUACACAGAUUAAUAGUCAGCUCUUUAGACAUCUGCCGUCUCCUAGAACCUUGACACAUCUCAAUCUCCAAGGAUGUCAUUCUUUAUCGUGCUGCUCUGAAUUAAUAGACUAUCUGAUGCAAUGUAAACGAUUGGUACAACUGAACGUGAAUAGACAUAUUGCAAGUGGAUUUUGCAAAAGGUGCAUCUAUCAACUACUAACGUCGAUUGAUACUCUGGAGAUAGUUGAUAUAGGAGGACACGUCGAAUUUGACGAUGAACUGAUUCAACAGCUUCCACCGAAUAGAAAUAUAAAAUAUCUAUCAGUUGCCAACUGCCGACAGAUAGACAUAAAGACAUUAUUAAACAAGUUUCCUCAGUUAUACUAUUUGAAUGUAGAGCGUGUCAUCAAUAUGAACCAACUUUAUAACUUUUUAAAAUCUAAUAACAAUAAUUUACGUAUUAUCGAAGUAUCAUCACACCCUUCAUUAUUAAACCAGAUAGGAUCAUGGCAUUUGGUAAAACAUGGCCGUAGAGCGUAUUAUAGUCAAUCUGCUGUUGAUCCAAAGUACUGUUAUUCUAAAAAGAUAGUCAUGUCAAAGGAUCCUAUUCUGUCUCCGAUGAAUAGAUAUUGGUGUUAUUCAUAUAAUAUCUCUACAUAA